GACGCCCACACUGACUCCAAACACUGUGAGAGGGAGAAAAGCAGAGGUCACACUGAUAAGAGAAAGGAAAAAAAGAAGCCGCCGGCGUAUCUGAGGGAGACAAAUCACAGAAGACGACUUCUAGAGUCAAGGAGAGAGGAGACAACGCCACAAGCACUGAGGAAAGCUGCCUGGAGGACACCACGUGUGUGUGUGUGUGCAUAUGUAUGUUGAGACAGGCAUAGGUAGAUUCCAGGGAUAUUUGUGAGACUGACAGAGGACGAAAGCGCAUCAUGGAUCCCUCGAGUCCCUCGGAGGGCCCCGUGGAACCCAAAGAACGGAGGAAAAUCCAGUUCGCCGUCCCGCCGACAGAACCGACUCAGCUGGACCCUCGGCAGGUUGAGAUGAUUCGACGACGAAGACCCACACCGGCCACUUUGUUCAAAGUAGCAGACCAAACAUCUCCUGAGGAUGACAUCUCUACCCAUCAGUGGGUUGUAGGAGAAAAUGGUGUCCUCAAGCCAAAACGAAUCAACCCAAAUAUCUACCAGCCACCAUCAUUAAAAGCCGUGCAGCAGAUGGCUGAGGCUCACAUGCAGAAAUUAGGUGUGUAUCCUCAUGUAGAGGAGGAAGGGGAGGAGCCUAAUCAGAGAGGGAGGGAGGAGCUUUCCUCAUCCUGCACACCUGAUUCACAGGAGCAAAGGGGCAUGGCAGAACACCAGCCCGGCAUGAGAAAGGCAGGAGCCACGGCACCGACCGCCGAAGAGGAGGAAGAAGAAGUAGUAGAAGCGGAUGAUAUGGCAGAGGACGAGUGCAGAAAUGUGGACUGAUAAAGUUUGAGGAACUUUAGAGAUUUUUUCAUAAUGCAGAACCUGGUUUGGGAAUCAAAAUUAUUGUUUAUUGAUUACUGGUUGUCAAUAAUCCCAUCAUUUGAUAAAAACGGCUGUCUGUUUGAAUUCAGAGACAAAAAGAGACUUAAAAACUCUGAAAGACUGGAAUUUUGGAGCGGUCAAACAUCCUCAAACAAUUCAUUCACCCCGACAUUGCAAUGAAAUAAAAAUAUAUAAGGUCAAAUCCAUCAGCAGUCAUAUAUAUUCAUACAUUCAGACAGACAGGUAAAGUACAAAUGUUUAGUUCUAUGAGCAGCGCCGUGAGAAUGUGAAGUGUUGAGAAAUGUGUCAGUGUUUAUAUCAUGUCAUGUUUUAUGUGUGUGUUUGAGUUGCGGGAUGUUUUGCAAUCGGUGCAUUUCUGUGGGCCAACACUGCCAUCUGGAGUACAGAAAACUGUUAUACUUCAUCCCAUAAAAUAAUUUGCCAAGAACAAUAAUCCCAGAGCACAUGGAAAGGCUCAAUAUCUAAGUAUGUAGCACCAUUAUUAUUUGUUAAACCAUUCCCAGCAUCGUGGCAGUUGGACUGCAUUUGGAACUACAGUUAAUUUAGCAAAAAAAAAAAAAAAAAAAAAAAAGUAUAAUUACAAAUAUAAUUAGAUUUAUAAAUUUGCAAAUAUAAUUAUAAAAAAGUAAAAAAAAAAGUUAUAUUUUUAAAAAUAUAAAAAUAAUUACUCAUUUUAAUAAAACAUAAAAGUGCACUCAGUAAUUUUCCCCUCAUUAAAGAGAAAAAGUAUGUCUGACUAUCUGUUUUGAGAGUCUUUCACCUCGUCGAAACAAACUAAUCAUGGCUGACUGUGAAUAACACAUUCCUACAGUGUUGUCUUGUGAUUCAUUUGUGGUUUGACAUUGUGAUCAAAGCUGCUAUAAACAACAUAUUUGCAUACAAAAUAGAAUUUGCAUCUCUAGAUAUGACUGUUUGGUUACAGAUAACAAACAAUUCCAAAUUCAGUGCCUCGGGGUUCAGUGCUCAUGUGCAUCAGGAAUAUCAGACACGUGUAAAUCAUUUCAGUCGAAUACUGUAGUAAACAACUUGCAUUAAUAUUAGCUGGAUAACUUAUUACUUAGUUUUCAAGUUUCUUCCUUAGCAAAAUCUUUUAAGGGAAAAUGUUGAACUAUUUUUAAAAAUGAUUGAUAAUGAUUUAAAAUGAGAAGCCAACAGCCACGUGUUGCUUUUUUAAGAAACUGUACUGCUUUGUAUUAAAAAUAAUCAUAUUUGUAUGCAUAUAUAUAUUCCUUCGAAGCUCAUGCAGGUACAUGUUGAUUCUGAUUAACGUACAAUAGAAAAUUUGAGAAAAUGUACCAAAUUAGUAAAGCUAUCCAUAGAAACUAUGGAAAUGUUUUAGGUUAAAGUCUCUGUAUCAAUAAAUAUAUUUGCACUGAA